AUGAGGAGGGAGAACCAGAGCAAAGUGUCUGAAUUCCUCCUCCUGGGGCUCCCCAUCUGGCAGGAGCAGCAGGGCAUGUUCUUUGCCCUGUUCCUGGGCAUAUACCUCACCACAGUGGUACUGGGGUACCUGCUCAUCCUCCUGCUCAUCAGGCUGGAUUCUCACCUGCACUCUCCCAUGUAUUUCUUCCUCAGCCAUUUGGCCUUCACUGAUACCACUUUCUCAUCUGUAACUGUCCCAAAGAUACUGAUGAACGUGCAGACCCAGCACCUAUCCAUCUCUUACGAAGGGUGCAUUUCACAGACAUGUUUUUUCAUACUCUUUGCUGAUUUGGAUAGUUUCCUUAUCACUUCAAUGGCCUACGACAGGUAUGUGGCUAUCUGUCACCCUCUCCAUUAUACCACCAUCAUGAGUCAGAGCCUUUGUAAGAUGCUGGUGGCUGAGUCGUGGGUCGUUGCUUGUGCUUGUGCUCUUUUACAUACCCUUCUCCUUGCCCGGCUGUCUUUCUGUGCUGAUGACACCAUCCCCCACUUCUUCUGUGACCUUGCUGUCGUGCUUAAAUCGUCCUGCUCGGACACCUCCAUCAACGAAUUGGUAACCUUUACUGCAGGAAUGACAGCCGUUAUGCUUCCAUUCUUAUGCAUUCUGGUUUCUUAUGGCCAUAUUGGGGUCACCAUCCUCCGAGUUCCCUCUACCAAUGGAAUCUGCAAAGCUUUGUCCACUUGUGGAUCUCACCUCUCACUGGUGACUCUCUUUUAUGAGGCAAUUAUUGGUCUAUAUUUUCUUCCCUCAUCCAGCAACACCAAUGACAAGAAUAUAAUUGCUUCAAUGAUUUACACAGUGGUCACUCCCAUGUUGAACCCUUUCAUUUAUAGCCUGAGAAAUAAAGAAAUGAAAGGAGCCUUGAGAAAACUCUUGAGUAAGAAAACAUAUUCUUCCAACUGA